CAACAGCAAACCUAUCGACCAACCAACCGUCUUCGAUCGGGCGUCUCACAAGUGUAUGACCUAUACCGGGACUUCCUUCAGGAGAGGCGAUGAAUAUAGAUUCAACAAAAGGAACGACCGCGACCAAGGACUCAGUGCCGACGGCCUGCCAGGAUCAGGUGGGCUCUGUGCCCAAGCGACUGGAGCGGGGCAGUCUCAGGGCGGCCAGCAAGUUCCCGUCUAGCGGCAGGCGUUUCCAGCGGCUGCAGUCCGUGUACGGUCCGACGAGCGGGCGCCAAAGACGCACCGACGCCGGCUCCACCACGUCCAAGGAGAGCAUCGGCGCCGACCGAACGCGCAAGGGAAGCGUGCGUAGCCGCGACGGGCUCAGCUCGCAGCAAGACCUCGAGCCACGUGCCGACGUCUUGGAAGUGGUGAUGAGCAACCCGGUGAUCUUCUUUGUCCUGCUGGCGGUGGUGCUGGGCUUCGCACUGGGGGCUGCUCUGAAUCCACUGAACCUCAGCGAGCUGCAGAGGAGAAUGUUGCGUCUUCCCGGCGAGCUGUUCGUGCGGGUGCAGCAGUGCCUGGCCAUCCCGCUGUUCAUCACCAGCGUGGUGAGCGCGGUGGGCGGCCAACCGACGGCGGAGGGGGCUCGCCUCGCCCUGCGCACGCUCGCCUACUUCUCGCUGACCACGCUGUGGUCCGCGACCAGCGGCAUGGUCAUCGCGCUGCUCUUGCGCCCCGGCGUCGGGGCGAGGAAGCUGCCACCCCACUGGCGAUACAAUGUCACCAUGAGUGCCGACUCGCUACUCGACAUAUUCAGGAAUAUAAUUCCGGAGAACUUCGUAGAAGCAUUCGUCUUCAUGACGCAGACGACUGUGGCGACAAACCACAACGCGAGUGACACCGUGCACGUCGGUGACGAUCAUCCGGCUGCAGCGGGGAAUCUUGACGUCGGCGACGAGGGCCACCCGGAGAAACUAGCUCACACGAACUUCGUCGGCCUGCUGGGCUUCUCCCUCCUCCUCGGCUUCGCCCUGUCGCACUCGCAGCCUCCAUCGCCGAGCUUCGCGAUGAACGACUUCGGCGGCGUCGAGACUCCCCCCGCGGGCAGCUCGCACUUCGUCCUGCGGCUGGCUCGCGUGCUCGGCUCCAAGUUCCUGCGCAUGGCCGAGAAGACGUUGUGCUUCUCGCCGGUGGCCGUGAGCACGCUCAUCGCUGCAGACGCGUCGCGCGUCUCGGAUCUGUCGAAGGUCGUGCGGCACCUGGCCCUGUACUCAUUCACCGUGCUGUUGGGGCUCGGGGUUCACGCGUUCCUCUUCCUACCUGCACUCUACAUGACCAAGGUGCGUCGGGACGCGGGCCGCUUCUUCCUGAACCUGCUGCACCCGCUGGCCAUCGCGUUCGGCUCCCGCUCGAGCAUGGUGGGCGGCCCGGCCGCCAUGGCGAUCCUGGAGAAGAAGGUCGGCCUGCACCAGGACUCGGUGCGCCUGAUCGUGCCCCUGAGCGUGGUGAUCAACCACGACGGCACCGCCCUGUACACCAUGGUGUCCGUGCUGUUCGCGGCGCAGCUGCAGGGCGAGAGCCUCGGCGUCAGCUCGCUGGUCAUGCUGCUUGCCUCGUGCUGCAUCGCCACCAUGGGCGAGUACGGGCUGAUGCCGACCUACCGCGGCCCCGCGCGCGCUGCCCUCCUGCUGACGGUGGUGGGCCUGUCGGCAGACAACGUCGGCUACAUGGCCGUCGUGCACUGGCUGCUGGAGCGCGCCGCAAGCACGGUGAACCUGCUGAGCGACUGCGUGGGCGCCGCCAUCCUGCAGCGGGACAUGCUGCAGCCCGGCCGCCCGGGGUCGACCCGCUCGUUCAGCGUCAGGCUCGGGCCCGGCUCCAUCGGCAGUCUGUCCGCCAGGGACCUCCCGUCGGCGGGCCUGCUGGGCACACGCACCGGCUCCCCCACGGGCCUCCCCCUCCCCAAGCCACACACGAAGCUCGACCACUGAGACGCCGAACCACGGCUUGAACGAAGCGCGAGCUGACGAGUUUCAUGCACAACUACUUCCUUGUACGCGAAGCCAUUCUGAAGUGCUAUAUUAUGUUCCAUAACACUAUUCGUGGUUUUCUUUCUUUUCCUAUUUUUCUUGUGCUGUUUGACUUGCUUUUUGUCAUUUCUCGGGACUUCUUUGUCCUCUUUUAUUUGCUUGUUCAUGGCGAACGUUUCCAUACAACACCUAUGAGCUUAUAUUGCGGCAGGGCCAAGGCACGGCGCCUCCGUGUUUUAUCAGACUAAAUCAGCCUUCGUGUGUUGGUCAGAAAACUGUGUGCUUUGUGCGUAUACAGUGAUAACAAAAAUUCACAAAGAUGUACAAAAUUUAUAUUUAUGCACCGAGACAGUUGUUCCUUGUGUCGAGCAUAGUUUUACUGAAGGCGUCUCAUUUUUAAAAAUAAAAUUCGUAGUUAAAUGACUGCGCCUUUUUCAUAUAUACCGGCAUGUUCUGACGAUCGAAACUGCCCACUACGACGUCUCUAGUUUUCGAUCGACAUAUUGGCCACCCAAAACUAUAUUACGAAGCUACGAGAUAAAGCA